ACAGCUUCAAGCAGGGAACUACUUAAUUAUUAAUUGCUUUCAUUUCACAACAUGCCAACCACAAAUAGACCGGGGCAUGAAGGCUAGCUAGCAACAAUUACAGACGUGUUUAGUUAUGGCAACGCGCCAGUAUUUGUUAAACAUUGAAAUUACUUUGGAAUAGAACGUGAAUUGCUGUAAUAUUCGCUUUUGUUUAAAAGUAAGUGGAAAUUUCUAGUGGCAGUAUUAGGUGUAUGAUACAAAUUUUGACUCGCUGCAUUAGAGAAACAGAUCUACAAAUAUUUUGGUCUUAAUAUAUAGUAGACUACUAUACCUAGAUUGGACCGCACGUUCGAGAUAUCUUUCAGGUAGUUCAGACACAGAUCACACGAUAUGGCGCACAUAAUCACAUACAUACCUCUGGUCGCUCUUCAGCUUGUAACACACGUCCUUUGUGGCAGAUCAGUUCUUGCUAAGCUAAACAUAGAAAAAUAUGAAUUUGUGAUCAACAGACACAUCAGGCUUGUUCUCAGGGGUUAGGUGCAACAGCCCAAUGAGCUUGUAUUGUUACGACUUUAAUAAUGUCUGUUUAGGUCUAUUGGAUGUUUAUUUUUUGUAUUUUCCAACGAUGCCGUUCAAAUACUAUAAGUCAAAAUCAUGGCCGGAUUUUGAGGGGAGGUGGGGGAAGGUGCACACCUCCCCUGAGAUCGUUUUGCACCUCCCCCGAGAUUUUUUGCACCUCCCCUGAAAAAUCGUGCACCUCCCCUUGAGAAUGGUAAGUUAAAAUUUGACAAAUUUAAUUUCUUUGCGUUUGUGUUUUUAAGAAAUUUUUCGAAAGAAACUUUGUAGUAAUGUAUUGAAUGGCAAAAUUGGAUGAGUUGUACAGUCAUCAUUCACGAAUACGUGGGGGCAGGGGUACAUUCUAACCCCUAACAUUCCAUGGGGGCCAUGAGCUAGGAGUGCUGCACCUCCCUUACACAGUUUCCCACCUCCCCCAGAAUUUCCACCAAAAUCGGCCUUGGUCAAAAUCGGCCAAGUCCAUUCCGGUCAAGGUGGGAUAAAGUCUUUGUAUGGAACAUUUUAUCCCACUUGACUGAGAGAUGCCACCUGACGCAAGGCGAGAUCUCGUUGGGAGCCAUGGUUCCUCAUAUGAAUUCAAACUGAAUUUUAUAUGCGUCAGACACCACUGGUUUACACUAUUACCCUAAAGACACCACUGGUUUACACUAUCAAAGUUUCUGUGAUCACAGUAGGAAUUUUGCAAAGGUAAAUUCUAAGUUUCGAAGGAUUUGUAAGAAAUGUUUGAGGGAAUUGACUCGGUGUUAAACAAUGAGUCAUUUCCCUCAAAAAACUUCUUACAAAUCCUUCAAACUUAAAAUUUACCUAUGCAAAAUUCUUACUGUGAUCACAGAAAAACUUUGAUAGUGUAAAUAGUGUGUAAACCAGGCUUUAAAUAUAAAUUAAGUUUGAUAUUUGUGUGUUGGUGUAAUGUACUCAGGUAAAUAUGUUUGUGAUGUUACUCUGAGUGUAUAUCCACACCGGGCAAGCUUGAAAAAUAUGCCUGGUCACGGUGGGAAUCGAACCUACGACCUUUGGGAUGCUAGUCCAAUGCUCUGCCAACUGAGUUACGCGGUCAAGUCGGUUCGAGCUGAUGAUACUUCGGAACAGAGUCUAGUUCCUUCGAUAUCAGUGUAUUUUAAGAUAUAUUUGUAUCGCUCAGUUGGCAGAGCAUUGGACUAGUGUCCCAAAGGACGCGGGUUCGAUUCCCACCGUGGCCAAGCAAUUCACUUUUCAGCUUACCCGGUAGCCUGCGAACAGGCUCUCAAGCUGAAUUGAGAGCCUGCAUCGAUGACUAAUGAAUUUGAAUAUCUGCCCCGUAACGUUCGUUUUUCCAAAUAUGGAAUGUCUAUCCUUAUAUGGUGUUGUUUACAACUUUCGUGCAAACUAAAUUUAGACCAUGCAAACUAAAUUUAGACCGUACAGUUUAUACUGUUUUUCGAAAUAUAAGAUAUUGAAGCAAAAGUUUAAAUGUUUUAAAUACUGUUUUCUCAAAACAGAACAUUUCGUGCUUUGAGAUAAGAUGGCCAGGACCAAUUUGAUCAGUUAAUGUGUUUUUUAUGCAUAGUGCUAGCAGUUGACUUAUAUAGAGCUCAGCGGAAUAAUAUAAAUUAUAGCAUCUGACCAAUGAGAAUUUCGCGUCACGAUUUGAGACGCAGAUAUUCAAAUUCAUUAGUCAUCGAUGCAGGCUCUCAAUUCAGCUUGAGAGCCUGUUCGCAGGCUACUUACCCGGUGUUGAUGGACACUCAGAGUGACAUCACAAACAUUAAAUUAAGUUUGUCUUAUUUGAAAGAACAUUUAAAAUGAUAUAUAAACUUCCUUUACAAUUAUUCCGUAUCUUGCUUGGUUUUCGAAAUAAAUCGACUUAUUUUGAUCAAAAGCAGCGUGCACUCCGCCAUCUUGGAUAUCAUACAGGAUAUGCAUUCGAUAUGCAUACGUCACAAGUAGGAUAAAAAGCGAAAUUUUUAUCUUGCAAACCACAUGUCAUUAUCAAUAUGAAACUCGAUUUUCCGAAGUCUUUUUAGUACUCAAUUAACUCACAACAGUCUAGGAAACUUUUUGAAGAAAUUUAGUCCCACAUGAAGAAGUUUUAACAAGUUUACCCUGCUUGUGACGCCAUCAAAAACUCAGUAAAUUAGGUCAAUUAUAAUACCAAGAUGGCCGACUGCACACUGUUUUUGGUCAAAAUAUUUCGAAAAUCAAGCAAGGUACGAAAAAGUUGUAAAGGAUCUUCAUAUACAACUUUAAAAGUUCUUUCAAUUUUUUAUUGCCACAUUCCUUUAAACAAAUCCACCAAUAACUUUCAUAACAAAUAUGAUAAAACUUGUUUUCUCUAUAUAGGAUGGCUUCCAGCAGUCACACAACAGGAAGCUGUGUUAUGUCCGGACCCGAUGACGCCACACCCUUUGCGAAGGUUAAGCGACUUGACCCGAGUUACGUCGGAAACGGUCGUAAAACCGAAGAUGGCUCGAUGAAUACAGACCAAAUUUGGAAUACAGGGAGAAGUUAUAUCUCAUUCCCUCGCCGAAGAACUUCAUGGGCUGGGGAAAUUGGUUGGAAAGUGGAAGCACCGAGCUCGUAUGAUCGUCGUAUGUUAAAAAGUGCUCAUCAAAUACGAACACCCGACGACAGUUUCCGAGCUGAAAUACAACACAAAGUUUUAAACUAUGGAGUGUAUUGACUUCUAUGCAACUUUUUCAGAUACACAUGUUAAAAUAACUAUAACUGUUAAAGCUUGAAAUUGAAGUAGUAAAAAACACAACUUACCAUAAAGGUUUAAGUCACACAAGUAUUUUAUUGUGCUUGUACUGGUAAAGCAAACAUAUUACGAGUCCUGGGCCGAUUAGGAACCAUUGUCAUAGAAACAUUGCUUAACCAUUAAAAAAGUUGCAUUGCACCCUACUUUAUUAUUUUAUUCUGUCUAACGCCAGAUGACUUUACUUGUCAAGGGGAGAGCGCUGCUACCCAAAGGAUUCG